AACCAACACUAAAGGCCCGAUAAACCAAACAACAACGGCAUCAGAUCACCGAUUAAAAUCCUUUGGGUAAAAUGCGGACCUAAAAAAAUUCAAUACCGAAAAAUUGUGCGUAGAGUAAAGAAGUAAAACAAUGCGAGAAGAUGGAAGUGUUCCGAGUGAAUUUCCAACGAAGAAUUUUACCGCUGUCCACCAAAAUUAUCGCCUGCAACCGAAAUUUCGCCAGAUUGGCCGAAGUGGGUAGAUUGGAACAACCAAAGGUCAGCGGCAAAUACGAAACGGGCCAGCUGAUACUGCACAGAGUGUUCGGAUACAGAGGCGUCGUUCUGUUUCCGUGGCUGGCACGCGUCUACGACCGCGAUCUGCCCCAGCACAAGGAAGGUGACGACGAACCUGCUACCGGAGUCGGCAAAGAAGUUAGAGGCAGAACACACACCUUCUAUCAAGUGCUGAUUGAUCAGAGGGACUGUCCGUACAUUAGGGCACAAACGGAGGCGGUGACCUUUUUGGGAAAUCAAGAUUCCUCUAGGAGUCUGUACGCGAUUCCCGGAUUAGAUUAUGUGGCUCACGAAGAUAUAUUACCCUAUGUUAGUGCAGAAAAGUCCCCUUUAAAUCACGAGUUGUUUGAUAAAUUUCUAAUGAGAAAUCCCAACAAAGAUCCGCCGUUUAUUGCUCAAGAAACUUUAAAAGCAUGGCAAAAUAAAAACCACCCCUGGUUGGAGUUAUCAGAUGUACACAAGGAAACAACCGAAAACAUCAGAGUUACAGUCAUACCAUUCUACAUGGGUUGCAGAGAGUCUCAUGCCAAUUCCGUUUAUUGGUGGCGCUAUUGCAUAAGAUUGGAGAAUUUGGGCCAUUUGAGUGUCCAAUUGAGGGAACGACACUGGAGAAUUUUCUCGUUGUCCGGCACCUUGGAAACGGUGAGGGGUCGAGGAGUGGUCGGCCAAGAACCUGCCCUCACUAAAACCUUGCCCGCUUUCCAGUACAGCAGUCACGUCAGUUUGCAGGCGCCCAGCGGACACAUGUGGGGCACCUUCAGAAUGGAAAGAGAGGAUGGUUACACGUUCGACUGCAGGAUUCCUCCGUUUUCGCUGGAAAGCAAACCGGACGGCGGCACUCCAUCGCCACCCGACAACGUUCAGUAACAAUGAGCGGCCUGUAAAUACCGUUCAUAACUGAGAUAUGACUAGGAUGACUUUGACUUGUACAUAUUAUUUAUGCAGAUUAUUUAACAAAAAACAUCAUCGUUUUACUAUCUUCCAAAUUUUUCAA